AUGUCGGGUUUCGAGGGGAACAUCUGUGAGAAGAACGUUGAUGACUGCCCAAAUCACAAUUGCCAAAAUGGGGGUAUAUGUGUGGACGGCGUGAACACCUACAAUUGCCGCUGCCCACCGCAGUGGACAGGCCAGUUUUGCACUGAAGAUGUUGAUGAAUGUCAGCUGCAGCCUAACGCUUGUCAGAACGGAGGUACCUGCACCAACCACAACGGAGGCUAUGCCUGUGUCUGUGUGAAUGGCUGGAGUGGGGAUGACUGCAGUAAGAACAUUGAUGACUGCUUCACGGCCUCCUGUGCUAAUGGAUCCACUUGCAUCGAUCGAGUGGCUUCAUUUUCUUGCAUUUGUCCAGAAGGAAAGGCAGGUCUUCUGUGCCACUUGGAUGAUGCAUGUGUUAGCAAUCCGUGCCAGAAGGGAGCUCUGUGUGAUACCAAUCCUGUGAAUGGGCACUACAUCUGCACCUGUCCUCAAGGCCAUAAGGGAGCAGACUGCACUGAGGAUGUGGAUGAAUGUGCAAUGGCAAACAGCAAUCCGUGCGAACACGCUGGGAAGUGUGUGAACACAGAAGGCUCUUUUCACUGUGAGUGUUUGAAGGGAUACACAGGACCUCGCUGUGAAAUGGACAUCAACGAGUGCCAUUCUAAUCCAUGCCAAAACGAUGCCACCUGUCUGGAUAAAAUUGGAGGAUUCACGUGUCUCUGUAUGCCAGGUUUUAAAGGUGUUCACUGUGAAGAAGACAUUGAUGAGUGUCUGAGUAAUCCCUGUGUGAACAAUGGAGAGUGUCUUGAUAAAGUAAACCGGUUCCUCUGUGUCUGUCCUCCUGGAUUCAGUGGUGCAGUGUGUCAGAUUGAUAUAGAUGACUGCUCUAGCACACCGUGUCUCAAUGGAGCCAAGUGCAUCGACCAUCCCAAUGGCUACGAGUGCCAGUGUGCCACAGGUUUUACUGGUGUUUUGUGCGAGGAGAACAUCAACAACUGUGAUCCUGAUCCUUGCCACCAUGGUGAAUGUCAAGAUGGAAUCGAUUCAUACACGUGUAUAUGCAGUCCUGGCUACAUGGGUGCCAUAUGCAGUGAGCAGAUCAACGAAUGCCACAGCAAUCCUUGCCUCCAUCAAGGGCGCUGCAUUGACUUGGUGAAUGGCUACCAAUGCAACUGUUUGCUGGGCACUUCAGGAGUGAACUGUGAGAAUAACUUUGAUGACUGUGCAAGUAACCCGUGUGUUCACGGGGACUGCAUUGAUGGCAUUAAUCGCUACAACUGUGCUUGCAAACCUGGAUUUACAGGUGUGAACUGUCAGGUAGUGGUUGCACCGUGUUCCCCUGACCCUUGUGAGAACUCGGGAAUUUGCCAAGAAUCUCCUGAUUCUGAAGGCUACACCUGCCAGUGUGCCCCUGGCUGGGAAGGGGAGAGAUGUACAGUGGAUAUUGAUGAAUGUCUCUCAAAGCCCUGCAAAAAUCAUGCUUUGUGCCAUAAUAUUCAAGGCAGUUACCUGUGUGAAUGUCGUCCAGGCUUCACUGGAGGAGAUUGUGACAGUAACAUUGAUGACUGCCUGUCCAAUCCCUGCCAAAAUGGGGCUUCAUGUGUGGAUGGGAUAAACUCUUUCUCAUGCAUCUGCCUACCUGGAUUUCACGGAGAUAAAUGUCAAACAGAUACCAAUGAAUGUCUGAGUGAACCAUGCAGGAAUGGAGGCACGUGCACCCACUAUGUCAACAGCUACACAUGCAAGUGUCAGCCUGGAUUUGAGGGAACCAACUGUGAGAACAACAUCGAUGAAUGCACCGAAAGUUCUGGGGUUUCAGUUGAAUCUCAGAAGAUGGAAAAAUUUGGGGAGGUUGUACUAGAGCAGUUGAGAUCAAAAGCAGGAAUCACAGUGGAUCAGUUGUGCCAGCACUCCGGUCAUUGCCUCAAUGUGGGAAACACACACCGCUGCCAGUGCCGUGUGGGUUACACUGGCAGCUACUGUGAGGAGCAGCUGGAUGAGUGUGACUCCAGCCCAUGUCAGAAUGGUGCUACCUGCAGGGAUCAUCUGGGUGGAUACCAGUGCGAGUGUGUGCCUGGAUACCAGGGUGUCAACUGUGAGUAUGAAGUGGAUGAGUGCCAGUUUCAGCCCUGCCAAAAUGGAGGAACAUGCAUAGACCUUGUCAACCAUUUCAAGUGCUCCUGUCCACCAGGCACUCGGGGUCGCCUGUGUGAGGAGAACGUGGAUGACUGCAUUUCAGAGUCAGGAGGACCCCGCUGCUUUAAUGGGGGACAGUGCAUUGACCAGAUUGGGGGCUACAGCUGUCUUUGUCUCCCAGGCUUUGCAGGCGAGCGGUGUGAGGGGGAUAUCAAUGAAUGCCUCUCUAAUCCUUGCAACCCUCGUGGAAGUCUGGAUUGUAUUCAGCUGAUAAAUGAUUACACAUGUGUCUGUCGUAGUGCUUUUACUGGUCGUCACUGUGAGAGUGUCAUAGAUGUGUGUCCCAGGAAGCCCUGUCAGAAUGGAGGUACCUGUGCUGUUGCCAGCAAUAUGCCAGAUGGGUUCAUCUGCCAGUGUCCUCCGGGUUAUUCUGGGGCAAAAUGUGAGUUCAGCAGCCACAGUACUUGCGGGCAAGUGAAAUGCAAGAAGGGUGAGCAGUGCAUCCAGACAUCUUCUGGUCCGCGAUGCUACUGCCCAAGGCUGGCUGUGGGAGAGGAAUGCCAGACCAACACAGGCUGUGCCAGUGCCCCCUGCCAGAAUGGUGGAAGCUGCCACCCUCGUUCUCAGCCUCCUUACUAUUAUUGUCAGUGCCCUGAUCACGCCCAAGGCAGCCAGUGUGAACAGCUCAUACAUCCCAGCCAAGAGCCUCUGGGAUGCUUGGAUUCCCAGUGUGCGGAAAAAGCGAGAGAUAGCUAUUGUGAUGAGGACUGUAACACUCACGCCUGCCAGUGGGAUGGAGGUGACUGUUCCCUGACAAUGGAGGAUCCUUGGGCCAACUGCUCCUCUUCAUUUCGCUGCUGGAUGCUUUUCAAUGGACAGUGUGACGAGUUCUGCAACACACCUGAGUGCUUGUUUGACAACUUUGAAUGUCAGCAAAAUGGCAGAAUGUGCAAGUAUGACAAGUACUGUGCUGAUCACUAUGCAGACGGCCGCUGUGACCAGGGCUGUAAUAGUGAGGAGUGUGGCUGGGACGGUCUUGACUGUGCUGGUGACAAAGCUGAGAAGCUGGCAGAGGGGACCCUAAUAAUUGUGGUCUUGAUGCGCCCUGAUGAGCUGCUGCGUGACGUUCGCAGCUUCUUGCGUACUUUGGGAACUCUCCUUCACACCAAUCUGAGAAUUAAGCUGGACUCCCAGGGAAAUCCCAUGGUAUUCCCAUACUAUGGAGAGAAAUCGGCAGCACGGAGUCGGCGAUCCCUUGUGGUUGUUCGCAAGCACAGAGAACUAGAGCAAGAGGUCAUUGGAACAAGGGUGUUCCUAGAAAUUGACAACCGUCAGUGUGCAGAGGAUUCAGAGCAAUGCUUUCACAACACAGAAGCUGCUGCAGCCCUCUUAGCUGCUCAGGCAAUCAAGGGCAUGUUGCCUUAUCCUUUUGUGUCAGUCCAAAGCGAACCCUUGUUACCACCAAAGACCCAGUUACUCUACCUACUUGCUGUGGCAGCUUUGAUCAUCCUCUUGAUUCUUCUCUUGGGUGUGAUGAUGGCAAAGCGUAAGCGCAAACACGGUUCACUGUGGCUCCCAGAGGGCUUUAUUCUGCGCAGGGAUCCCAGUAAUCAUAAGCGCAGGGAGCCAGUUGGAGAAGAUGCAGUUGGACUCAAAAAUCUAUCAGUCCAGAUACCAGAGGGUAACAUGGCAGAUUCUGGACCAACUGAACACUGGGCAGGUGAUGGUGGACCUCAGCCAAAGAGAGUAAAGACUGAGGACCAGGCCUUGCUCCCUGAAGCUGAUGAGCAGAUAGAUCAGCGCCAGUGGACACAGCAGCACCUGGAAGCGGCAGAUGUCUGUGGAAGCACAUCACUAGCCCUUACACCACCUCAAGCAGAUCAAGAAGUAGAUGUUCUGGAUGUCAAUGUCAGAGGACCAGAUGGAUGUACUCCACUUAUGUUGGCAUCUCUGCGUGUGGGCGGUUCCGAUAUCAGUGAGGAUGAUGAAGAUGGAGAAGAUUCCUCAGCGAAUAUAAUAACAGAUUUGAUCUAUCAAGGUGCCAACCUGCAGGCCCAAACAGACCGCACUGGGGAGAUGGCCCUGCACUUAGCUGCCCGUUAUUCGAGGGCAGAUGCUGCAAAACGUUUGCUGGAUGCCGGUGCAGAUGCCAAUGCACGGGACAACAUGGGACGGACCCCUCUUCAUGCAGCUGUAGCUGCUGAUGCCCAGGGAGUCUUUCAGAUCUUGAUCCGUAACAGAGUGACUGACUUAGAUGCUCGCAUGAAUGAUGGAACAACCCCACUAAUCCUGGCUGCACGGCUGGCUGUGGAAGGAAUGGUAGCAGAGCUCAUUAAUUGCCAAGCAGAUGUGAAUGCUGUAGAUGACCACGGUAAAUCUGCUCUUCACUGGGCUGCUGCUGUCAACAAUGUGGAAGCAACACUAGUGCUACUGAAAAAUGGAGCCAACAGAGACAUGCAGGAUAACAAGGAGGAGACACCACUCUUCCUUGCUGCUCGGGAAGGCAGUUUUGAAGCAGCCAAAAUCUUGCUGGACCAUUUUGCCAACCGAGACAUCACGGACCACAUGGAUCGUCUGCCCCGAGAUGUGGCCCAGGACCGGAUGCACCACGACAUUGUGCAGCUUCUCAACGAGUACAAUGUAGCACACAGCCCCACUGGGCACCCCGGGGCCAUGCUGAACUCUGCCCUCUCCCCGGUCAUUUGUGGCCCAAAUAGAUCCUUUCUCAAUCUGAAGCACACUUCGUUAAGCAAGAAGUCACGAAAACCGAAUGCCAAAGGCAUCAUGCCCACAAAUCUCACCAAAGAUGCGAAGAGGAGAAGGAAGAAGUCCCUCAGUGAAAGCAAAGGGCAGUUUUCAGAGAGCUCGGUAACCCUGUCACCAGUUGACUCCCUGGAAUCUCCCCAUGCUUUUGCAUCCGAACCAACGUCGUCUCCUGUGAUGCCAUCACCAGGGGUGCUACACUCAUCACCCAGCUCGCUGCUGACCGCUCCGUCGGUGCAGGCUGCACACAGCAUGUCCUUCUCCAACCUCCACGAGAUGCAGCCCUUAGGCCGUGGCUCCAGCACCGUGCUCCCAUCGGUCAGCCAGCUGCUCUCACAGCAUAGAACGACCCCUCCAAACAGCGGGCUUGGCAGGCUCCGGCCGGCCAAUGUUUCCACCGAGUGGAUGAAUCGCAUGGAGAUGAACGAAUCCCAGUACAACGAGAUGUUCGGCAUGGUGCCGCCGGUCAUGCAUUCGCACCCCAGUGUUUCUCAGCAGAGCGGUUUGGUUCAAGCAGAUACGAAGCACCUGGGAGUGUCCAGGGAGUCUCUGCCCCCUAUCAUGACUUUCCAGCUGGUUCCCAAGGGUGGCAUAAACCAGCAAGCACUGCCACAGCAGGCCCAGUCCAACUGCGCUCAGAACAUGGCUGGCCCUCUUAGCUCCAUGUACCAGAUAUCAGAUUUAGCUCAGCUGCCCAGCGCCUCGUUCUCCAUGGCUGCCAUCCCUCAGCAGGACGGGCAGGUGCCUCAAACAAUCCUCCCAGCUUACCACCAGUUCCAGAGCUCGAUGGGGAAGUACCCCACGCCUCCGUCGCAGCACAGCUGUUACUCCUCGGCCACAGAACGGACUCCUAGCCACAACCGGCACUUACAAGGGGAGCACCCAUACCUGACUCCAUCGCCUGAAUCUCCAGACCAGUGGUCAAGCUCUUCCCCGCACUCUGCUUCUGACUGGUCUGACGUGGCAACCAGUCCUGGUAACAACCAGCGUGGGCCGGCGGCCGCUCACAUGCCAGAGCAGCAGAGGAACAACAUGCAGGUGUACGCCUGA